AAGGUGGGGAACAUGAGUGGAGAUCUCCAGACACACAAACCCAGGGGUGGUGCUCCAGCCCUAGUGGAUCGUGACAAGUCAGGGGUGUUUGCCUUCCUUCCUUCCUUCUUAGAGUCGGUGUGCUUCAGUUCCUGUUCAGGAGGAUGAACACAGGUGCUUUGAGCCAUGUCGGUGGUAACCAACCAGCCUCUUCCCUUUGGCCGACUGGAGCGAGAGAAGCACAUCCAGAUGAUCUUCAGAGCUUUCCAGAACCGUUGCAGGCCUUCAGAGAGCCACAGUCUCUCACCUAAACACAGCCCCCAACAAGCACCUGCUGAGUGGACGGAGCAGCUCCCAGAUGCGUCUCCAGAAAGGAAGCUGAAGAGCGUUUACAUUCGGCCACCAGGGAAACUGAACAGGCCAGUGGUGGAUGAGCAGAAGCCUGGAGGUGCAGCAGGAUCAGACUUUACAUCCAUGCUAGAAACAGUCAGCCAGAUCCAUAUCACCGCUAGACCAGAGCUGCAAGGUCCACAGUGUGUUCCCAGGAGAAUCUACAGCAUUGACACAGGAGGCAGAAGGUCACAGUUAUCAGUGGCUGUGGAAGAGACUUCUUGUAUGUGCCUCCAGUGCUGCGGACCAGCUCGGGCUUGUACCCUCCUGGGCUUUGAUUGUCAGGGCCGCCAAGUCUUUUAUUUUGAAAGGCCUUUCAGGGUGGAUGCUUGCUGCCUUGGCUGCUGCCUGAUGGAGAUGAGGGCCUUCACACCCGAUAAACGUCUCAUUGGCACCAUAUGCCAGAGGUGGAGCAUGUUCACCCCUCUGCUGGAGGUGUGUGAUGCAGACGGAGCGUCAGCGCUCAGAAUCCAGGGAUCCUGCUGUCCCUGCCGCUGUGUCUCCAACCAGCAGUUCCAGAUUGUCUCCAACAUUGGUGAGAAAAUGGGCACAAUAUGGAAAAAAUGGCCUGGCUUCAAUGACGAGCACAACAUGGACCAUGAAUACUUUGGGUUAGAAGUACCACUGAAUAUGGAGCCAAACACUAAAGUGCUUCUGUUGGCAGCUACUUUCCUGCUGUAUCAUAUGUUCUUUGAGAUGAGCUAAAUGGGAGACAAAGACCAUAAAAUGUCCGCAUAUUAAAGAAUGACACGGAGCGAGCUUUAGCAGCAGAUGCAUAUUUAACAUUUAUUGCUGUAAUCCAUCAGGUGUACAUCCA